ACUAACUCUACAGGUAUCUGAGAUGUGGGGGUUAAUAAAUAAAUGCUCUUCAGUGAUUUUUAAAUGUUUCAGAAAGAAGGAAAUACAAACAAUGCCGUUUAGUCUGCAUGACAGUGAUAUUGAUAGUGUCUUUAACUUUUCCGUCAAAUGAAGCCGUAAAUGUCAACUAACUGUACCAAACUUAAACCACAAUCAGCUUUCAACCGUUUCUGCUCCUCGCGCACACCGUUUCCCGCCGUUUCUUUGGUUUUUUUCUCUGUUUCUGUUAAGAAGCCUUUAUUUGUGGUAAAGAAUGCCCUGCUCUGCGCAUGCGCACGAAGUUGAGGAAACUUCACCUGCCACACAGACACGGUGACAGGAGCGCCGAUUAAAACCACAACAAUGCCACAACAGAAGCUUCGCAAAUCCAAAAAGAAGUCUAAAAAUCACAAAAAGGAGGAUAAAUCAAAGAUUAUUGACUGCGUGGACGAACAGCGCUGGGAAGAGUGUGAGGGGCCGAGCUGUGGAGAGUUAGAGAAGAGAAAGAAGAGAGAGAAGAGUGCGAGGAAAGAAAAAUCAGCCAAACAAGUGCACAUAGCCGUGCUGCCUGACAAAUAUGAGCCUUUGGAGGAAGACCAAAGUGUCGAUAUAGCAAAAGAAGAGAGCGCAAAGAAGAAACAGAAGAAAUACAAAACGUUCAGGAAAAACGUGGGGAAAGCUCUUCGCUACAGCUGGAAGUGUCUGGUGGCUGGACUCCAGACUUUCAGCACAGGGUACUCUGGGCCUCUGAGCGCGGCUGUUACACUGGUGCCUCAGGUCCAGAGGACGAGUCACAGAGCAUGACGGGAUGGAAUGCCUGAUGCUUUCGGGUCCUGACCACACUGACGACUGUGGACCAACCUCUCUUCAUGUUUUAUAAUUUCCAGCUCCAAAAAGGUACAGUGCCGGCCAGUAAUUUGAGGAAUGUGUGUAUAUUUUUCGGUAUUACUGGUGCUGGCGCAGAAGUGAUCUGAAGUAUACUUUGUGUUAGACUCCUGAGAUUUCACUAAUCAUGAAGUGUGUUAUAAGUUUGCUGUGCAUGAACUAUAUGAACUGUAUGAAUUGGUUUCCUUUUGAGAAGCUUUGCUCACAUCAUGGACCAAUGGAUGUCAUGGUUUAGCAGUCCUUUUCCCAGAAGGCAUUCUGAUCGUAAAGGGCUUUGUUCAAGAUCUCUGACAAGGACUUCUUCAGGAGGAGAUGUACUAGCUUUUCUGUAGCAUUUCUGUUAGAAAUCUUAAUGAUACAUCUCUCAAGUCUAUUAUUUAUGAAUAAUAUUCAAAAGUAAGAUUGGCUUGAAAAACUGGCCCUAUUACUUUUUCUAUACGCAAACCAAUGAAGUUGUGUAUGGUCUCUGAAGCUUAUCUCUAUUACCUGUUUGAAGAAGUUCAUAAUGACCUCAGUGCUGCCUAAUCUUAAACAUUGUCCUAACCACUGGGCUCUGUAAUCAGUUAAAAUCUUCAUGACUAAGUAUACGACCUUCUGUUUAGUGCUAAUGACCUAAUCUGUACAUGUACUUUAAUCUACUGAUAACGACCAGUCAAAACUAGAAGAUAAUGGAUGCCAUAAUUUCAAAUGCCAGAAGUUAACUGCAAUUUUGUUUGUUUCAUCUCCACUUGAAAUGCCAGAAGAUGUGGUAGUAUGUUUAUUUGGGACAGAUGUGGAAAGGAUAAAGAGGCAGUUGAUGUUUUCAGAACAUAAAUGUAUUUCUAGAGUCUCUCAUUAGCUGCCACUGCUUGUGGUCCACAUUUAAUAGUUAAUUCGUUUCCUUAUAUUUUAUGUGAUUUUUAAGAAAAAUAACUCAAAGUCAACCUGAAAUCAGAAUGGACCUGUUUACCUUGUUAGGUCAUGUUUCUGGUAAUAUUUUGCUCAGCUAGCUCAAAGGUUUUCCGUAAUACAGUUAUACUCUAAAGUGUGUCACGGUAAAAAGAUGAUUCUCCAAGGGUUCUUUAGUAAAGAAAAUGGUUCUAUAUAGAAACAUGAACACUCAAAGAACCCUUUGCAUGAUUAAAGGGUUCUUUGCAUUGUGAAAGGGCUCUUUAGAUUGAUGAGGAAUGAGCUGUAGAUGGUUCUAUAUAGAACUUUUUUUUCCAAAUCUUUUUAUUGGCUUUUGUAGAAUAGAACCUUUUUGAAAAGGGUUCUGUAUAUCACCAAAAAGUGUUCUUCUAUUGGUACAAGAAUGACACUGUAACCUUUUUUGGUGCUAUAUAGAGCAAAUGUUUCAAAAGGAUCUAUAAAGAGCCAUAUACAACACAUUCUCCAUCACUCUGAAGAACCAUUUCAUGAUGCAAAGAACCAUUUAAUGAUGCAAAGGGGUCUUCGGGUGUUCAUGGUUAUAUAUAGAACUGUUUUCUUUACUAAGGAACCCAUGAAGAACCAUCUUUUUUAAGAGUGUAGAAAAGAAAAAUGAGUUAUGAUUUCUGAUUCAUGUUGACUUUAAUAUAGAAAACGACAGUGGAUUAAGCAUGUUUUGUAGAUGGUCUGAGGAUGUUGUAUAGUUGAAGAACAUGAAUAAACAGAAGGUGGUUGAUGACAGGAGGUAAGAGAAAGUGGAAAAAGUAGGUGUUUGGAAGGUUAACACUGAUAUUAGUUUUGUUUAUAAAGUGGGCAUUGUUGUUUCUAGCUUUUUAUGUACUUUUAACUCUGCUAUUAUCAUUUGAAGUCUGUUUCUCAUUUGAUGUAUAAAGUAGUAAUUGAAAAAGCAAAAAGAAAAAUAUGAUCAGUAUUUAUGUUUACAAAAACCUUUGUGAUCAAUGUUAUUAAUCAUUAUGUCCUGCGAUUUUACUUACUUAUUUAAACUUGUCCCUUGCAUUCAAUGUUAUAAUUUAAAGCUUAACUGUUCACAAAAACCCAAAGCUGGAUUUAGGUAGUUUAAAUGAUGUGUACAUAUAUGCAGACGUGUGUAGAAAACUGUCCUUAAACAUGUAAUAGUGCUAAUAUUUAUUCACCAUUAGGUGGCAGUAUUGUGUUAGAAGACAAACCUCCACUAGGAUACAAAAUAUGUAUGGCCCUGUUUUAAUGUUCCUGUUUGAUGCUAGUGUACAUAUCAUAUCACUUGUAGAUAGCUUCCAUUGUACUGAACAUAAUAAAUAUAUCACAGUGUUUUAUUGUAGCAAGCAAAAACAAGUUGAAUGUCAUGUC